AUUGGUCUCCAAAAAAAAAAUGGAGCAUGCAGUAGCACCCACCUCACUGGAUAAACAAAAUUAACUGGGCACAUUAGAAAUGAAGGCCCACGCUUUAAUCGUUAAACCACCGGGCUUUCAUCUAAUACCCAAGAAACAAUACGGCCAUUGCCGCCGCCACGCCAGCACACCGGCCGUUAUUUACUGCCGGCGUGUUCCGGCCGAACAUUCAGGCGAGACACAUGUUGCGAAGCGGCGAGAUGUGAUAUUUACUCCCCUCUUUGCUGUUGGAGCGUAUGCACUCCGUUCGGCGGUGGCCAAGGCGGAGGAGAGGCAGCCUCAGCCUCCGCCUCCGCCUCAGGAGGAAGAAGCAACAGCUCGGCGGCCUACGCAGCAGCAGCCUCAGGAGGAGGUAAUUAAUUGGAGGAUAUAUGACGCGACGGUGAUAGGGGAGCCGAUGGCAUUGGGAAAAGACAAGAGGAGGGUUUGGGAAAAAAUGAUGAAUGCGCGAAUUGUGUACUUGGGUGAGGCGGAGCAGGUACCCACUUGCGACGACAAAGAAUUGGAGCUUGAAAUCGUCAAGAAUUUGAGGAAGAGAUGUGUCGAAGCCGAGCGCCCUUUAUCUUUGGCUUUGGAAGCUUUUCCUUGUGAUUUACAGGACCAGCUUAAUCGUUUUAUGGAUCGAAGGAUUGAGAGCGAGGCACUAAAGUCUUUUGUAAGCCAUUGGCCAGCUCAACGUUGGCAAGAGUACGAGACUCUGUUAACUUAUUGCCGUGACAAUGGUGUACGCCUCAUUGCUUGUGGUUUGCCACUUGAGGUGUUACGAACAGUUCAAGCAGAAGGUGUACAUGGUCUAUCGAAAACUGAACGUAAGAAAUAUGCUCCACCAGCUGGUUCAGGCUUCAUCUCAGGAUUCCCUUCAAUAUCAAGGAGACUAUCGUCGUCUUCUUCUAUCGAUACAAUAAACGGGCCAAUUAGCUCAUCCUACCUUUCAAUACAAGCAAGGGUAGUUGAGGAAUAUACAAUGUCUCAAAUCAUCUUACAAGCAUUGACAGUGACGACAAAUAAUGGUGGGUCCAACUCCACUAACGGUAUGCUGGUAGUAAUUACGGGUGCUAGCCAUGUCACUUACGGGUCGAGAGGAACUGGUCUGCCUGCAAGAAUUUCAAGAAAGAUUCAGAAGAAAAAUCAAGUGGUGAUAUUACUUGACCCUGAAAGGCAAUACAUAAGAAGGGAGGGUGAAGUACCCGUUGCAGAUUUCUUGUGUUACUCUGCAGCGCGGCCUUGCAGUAGAAAUUGCUUCGACCGUGCUGAAAUUGCUCGUGUCAUGAAUGCUGCUGGCAGAAAGAGAGAAGCCCUGCCCCAGGACAUUCAGAAUGGCCUAGAUCUUGGUUUGGUAUCACCAGAAGUACUACAAAACUUCUUUGAUCUUGAGCAAUACCCUGUUAUCUCGGAAUUGACUCACCGUUUCCAGGGUUUCAGAGAGAGAUUAUUGGCAGAUCCAAAAUUUCUGAACAGAUUAGCAAUAGAAGAAGCUAUAUCAAUUACAACCACGCUCGUCGCUCAGUACGAGAAGCGUAAAGAGAAUUUCUUCGAAGAGCUUGACUAUGUUAUUACAGAUUCAUUGAGGGGUAUAGUUGUCGAUUUCUUCACCGUAUGGCUUCCAGCACCAACAUUGUCAUUCCUCCCGAUAAUCGACGACGUUAAUCCACCUGGCAGUCUAGAAGCUGUAAAGGGUCUUUUGGGGUCGAUCCCCGACAAUGCAUUUCAGAAAAAUCUUGCCGGGAAGGAUUGGAAUUUGAAUCAUAGAAUUGCAUCUGUAAUUGUGGGCGGUCUUAAAUUGGGUGGCGUUGGAUUUAUAUCCAGCAUCGGGGCCGUAGCUUCCUCCAAUUUGCUAUACGCAAUACGUGGGAUUCUAAGUCCAAGCCCUGCUACAACGAAAGGGUACAAACGAUCGCCUAUACUCAAAACAGCAUUGGUCUAUGCCUCCUUCCUUGGAACAUCAGCAAAUCUUCGUUAUCAGGUUUCGUUGGCUUCGUUUUAAAUCAUA